AUGAUGACCAUGUUCAUACUUUUGACCAUUGUUUCGGUGAUUCAUGGAGGCAUGAGCGCUCUCGUAGCGCCGCCUGCCUACGUCGAAACUCAUAGAGAAGUCAUCGCGGAGGGUAAAGCAAUUGAAGACAAUAUCUUAUCGAUGAUUAACCACAUACCGCUCCUGAACGACUCCAGACGACAUUUUGCUGAACUUGUACAUGUUAUCUAUGUAGCAGCCUACGAAACUGGACGCAGUUGUAUUCCAAUUGACUAUAAUCAAAUAAUUGAAGAAGCAUCAGUGGAAGCUUUGAGCAAACCAGAGAAGGUAAUUAAAACCGUGAAGAAGGUUUACGAAGACUUGGACUCAAAAACAAAAACGUUACAAGAGUUGAUAGAAACCAUCAUGACUAUUAAAUUAGACGAUGUAUUUGCCAAUUCGAUGAUCGAUUUAAUCGUGAAUGCUGCACCAGAGAAAUAUGCGGAGGAGGCCAAAUUACACUUAAUUUGUGGUAAAUCUGCCAAUAAAUUCAAUAAAAAGAAAGAUCUAUUUAACAAAUUAUCCAAAGAGCUGGAUACACACAAAUUCGUCGUAACAGAAUUUGAUACGCUCAUGGAUUUAGUCUAUGCAUCUGCCGACGUCAGUAGAAUAUUGUACCCCUUCCCUAACCUCAAGUGUUAA